GGGCGGGCCGGGGACGGCGCGGGGGCCGGCCGGGGCGGGCCGGGGGCCGCCAUUGGCUGCCGCCCGUGAGGCGAUGUGGGACCAGCCGGCGCGGCCCCGGCGCUGGGAUCGGCAGCGGCGAUGGCGGCGGACGCCGUGGCGGUUCGGCGGCGCGGCGGCCCUCGGCGCUCGGCGGCGGCCACGGAGCUGCCGGCCUGGCGGCUGCGCUGCGAGGGUGGGCGGCAGCUCUGGCGCUACCUGGGCGAUGGCGAAGGCGAUGUCGGGGAGCGGCGAGCGCAGACAGCGCUGGAGCAGCACAGCCUCGGGCUGGACACGGGCGCGACGCUGCAGGCGCUGCCGGCCGCCGGCUCGGCCCGGGAGGCGGCCCGCAACGGGAUGCGGUUCUACGCAGCGCUGCAGGCCGAGGAUGGGCACUGGGCGGGCGAUUACGGCGGGCCGCUGUUCCUGCUGCCAGGUCUCCUCAUCACCUGCCACACGGCCCAAAUCCAGCUGCCCGAGGGGUUCCGGAAGGAGAUGGUGCGCUACCUGCGCUCUGUGCAGCUCCCAGAUGGAGGCUGGGGCUUACAUGUGGAAGAUAAAUCAACAGUGUUUGGCACAGCCCUCAACUACGUAGCGUUGAGGAUCCUGGGGGUUGGACCAGAUGACCCUGACAUUGUGCGGGCCCGUGUCAACCUGCACAGCAAAGGAGGUGCUGUGGGAAUCCCUUCCUGGGGCAAGUUUUGGCUGGCUGUCUUGAACGUUUACAGCUGGGAGGGAAUGAACACGCUUCUCCCAGAGAUGUGGCUGCUUCCCACAUGGUUUCCAGCGCACCCGUCACGGCUCUGGUGUCACUGCCGCCAGGUUUACCUUCCCAUGAGCUACUGCUAUGCUAAGCGUUUGUCAGCACAAGAGGACGAGCUCAUACGGAGCUUGCGGCAGGAGCUCUAUGUGCAAGACUACGCCAGCAUAGACUGGCCAGCCCAGAGGAACAACGUGGCUGCCUGUGACGUGUACACCCCACACAGCUGGCUGCUGGGUGCUGCCUAUGCCAUCAUGAAUGUGUAUGAAGCUCACCACAGCAGUCACCUGCGGCAGCGAGCCAUCACAGAGCUGUACGACCACAUCAAGGCUGAUGACAGAUUCACCAAGUGCAUCAGCAUCGGCCCGAUCUCCAAGACAAUCAACAUGCUGGUUCGCUGGUUUGUGGAAGGGAAGGACUCCCCAGCUUUUCAGGAGCAUGUUUCCAGGAUCCCUGACUAUCUCUGGCUGGGCCUCGACGGCAUGAAGAUGCAGGGCACAAACGGAUCCCAGCUCUGGGACACCGCUUUUGCCAUCCAAGCCUUCCUGGAGGCAGAAGCCCAGGAGAUGCCUGAAUUCACCUCCUGCCUCCAGAACGCCCAUGGGUUCCUCCGGUUCUCCCAGAUCCCAGAGAACCCACCUGACUACCAGAAAUAUUACCGCCAUAUGAACAAGGGUGGCUUCCCCUUCAGCACGCGGGACUGUGGCUGGAUCGUGGCAGAUUGCACAGCAGAGGGGCUGAAGGCAGUAAUGCUGCUGCAGGAGAAGUGUCCCUUCAUAACCAAGCUUGUGCCUGCUGAGCGCCUCUUUGAUGCUGUGAAUGUGUUGCUGAGCAUGAGGAACCCGGAUGGAGGCUUUGCCACUUAUGAAACCAAGCGAGGAGGCCACUUACUGGAGCUGCUGAACCCCUCAGAGGUGUUUGGUGACAUCAUGAUUGACUACACAUACGUGGAGUGCACAUCAGCUGUCAUGCAGGCACUUAGACACUUCCAGAGCCAGUUCCCUGAGCACCGAGCCAUGGAGAUCAGGGAGACUCUGCAGAAGGGCCUGGAUUUCUGUCGCAAGAAGCAGCGAGCGGAUGGGUCCUGGGAGGGGAGCUGGGGGGUUUGUUUCACCUAUGGCACCUGGUUUGGUCUGGAGGCAUUUGCCAGCAUGCAGCACACAUACCACGACGGGACUGUCUGCCAAGAGGUGGCCCAGGCCUGCCAGUUCCUCAUCUCCAAGCAGAUGGCAGAUGGCGGGUGGGGAGAGGAUUUCGAGUCCUGCGAGCAGCGCACAUACGUGCAGAGUGCUGAGUCACAGAUCCACAACACCUGUUGGGCCCUGCUGGGGCUCAUGGCUGUCAGGUACCCUGACAUCAGUGUGCUGGAAAGGGGCAUUAAAGUGUUGAUGGAUAAGCAGCUGCCCAACGGGGACUGGCCUCAGGAGAACAUUGCUGGGGUCUUCAACAAGUCGUGUGCCAUCAGUUACACCGCGUACCGCAACAUCUUCCCCAUCUGGACGCUGGGGCGGUUCUGCCGGCUGCACCCCAACAGCCCUCUGGCUGGGCAGCUGCCAGCCAGAGCCAGACCCUCGGCCGGGGCAGGGCAGGAGGAGCAGGGAGCCCUGUCUGCUUGAACCUGGGAUGCUGGGGAUGCCAUGGCCCUGGACUUGUCUUGGAUCCCAGUGUCUGCAUGGGGCCGUGGCGGUGUGUGUUGCGUGGGAUAUCUCCAUGCUGACCUUAGCAUGUGGACUGCUGCCUCUGCCAGGGAG